AUGUCAUUCCAGUCUGCCGUUCAACGCUCCCUGCAAAUCCCGGAACUCCAACACAAGGUCUUCGAUCUCCUAGCUGAGGAUGGAAAAUUUGAAACGCUUGCCAAUGCUGCUGUGUCGUGCAGGUUCCUUCAUGACGGUGCUGUUCGAUCGUUGUGGAAGGAAAUACCCAACCUAUGGGUUAUCAGCAGUUUUUUCCCCAACGGUUGCUUCAAGAACGUGGACAAUUGGACGGUCUGGGACAAUAAUGCAUUCUCUACGGCUGGAAAAUUUUCUGUUGUCAAAUCUCCGAAGGACAUUUCAAGCGGCAUCGCACGACUUGCAAGAUACACACCACUUGUGAAGGCCAUCCAUUUCGAUCCAGACGCCCGCAGAUGGGACUACACUGCCUUGCAUGUUAUGUCCGACAAAGGGCUCCUGCCAUUCCCACUGUUUCCCAACGUCGAGCGUGUGGUGUUGCCGCUUUUGUUCAAACGGCGAUUCGAAACCAUGUUCUACCCGUCAUUUGUGAUUUCUCCAUCGGUUCGCUCGAUCACUGUCCUAACGAACGAGGUUUUCAACAUCCACGGGGACGACUUUGCCCCUAAUGAUCCGUUUGCGCAAGAAGACUCUCAACACAGCAAGGCGCUGGUCAACCGGCUGGUCGUCAUGGCUCCGUAUUCAACCGAGCUGAUUGUUAAAUCUACAGUUCCGGACUGGUACGAGUUCCAUACUCCCACAUCAGCUUUGAAUAGCAUGUUCGCUCGGUUGCCGGCCACCUCUACCAUCCGUGUGUUGGAUGUAACACAUCUCGCCGCCAAGGGUUCGCACCUGAAGGAGCUAGCCAAGCUCCCGGAUUUGGUGGAUCUCAAGAUAUCCCUCCGGGGAAGCACCCUCGACGACGUGGAGGUUUUGACACCUUGGGACUUCCGGGCGCUUGUCUCCGUUGAGAUUACUUCCACCUCCCACACCAUCGAUCCCUGCACCCGUCUCUUUACUUCCAUCCGAGCCCCACAUUUAUCGGACAUCAAGAUCCAUCAAAAUUUGUGUCAGAACACCGAUUUGGACGAUCUUUUCCUUGCACUAUCUCAGUGUACUCCCCCGGAACAGGUGUCAUCGAUCUUCAUUGAUCAAGUGUCAUACAAUGAUAAUGCCAACGGAUUCAGCCCCCACAAGUACGGGUUUUUCACCGCCUUCACGCCGCUCGCACAAUUCAAGAACAUCAAGCAACUCGAGCUCUCACCAUUCACUGUCACUCCGGGACUCCGAGACAGGGCUCUUAUCGCAGCCUUUGGCUGUUGGCCGAAGUUGGAACGACUCCACUUCCGAAGCGACAGCAUUGCUGCUCUCACCAUGCCUUCACUGACAUUGCACGGCGUUUACACCGCCAUUCGUUGCUGCCCUCGGCUCUCGCAUAUCACUCUUCCUGUGGCUGCAACUAAAGUUCCGGCACUACCAGUUACUCCGCACCCGUCUCUGGUGUCCUGGAACAUCUGCAACUCGCCUAUCACAUCGGGAUUGGCGGUUGGAAAUUGGAUGAAGGCGGCGUUCCCACACCUGCACGAAAUUCAGCACUUUGGGUUUCUCAGGGGCUGCCUCCGGAGUUUUGGGAUGCAGACUCGAUAUGGAGGCGAUAUGGGAAGGGAUAUUCUGGAAUCCAUGCCAGAGGAAGUGUCUAUGAUUGUCCAAUGGAAUGAUGUUGCUCGUAUCGUGCGCUCUCCCUAA